UCCUUGACAUUCAAUCGGCAUCUUCCCGUUCAUAUUCCAGUAUCACAAUGGCGACAGACGUGGCUUUUGACACGAGCAUGGGCUCGUUCACCGUGGAGCUUUACAAUGAACAUGCACCCAAGUCGUGUAAAAACUUCGCGACCCUUGCACAGAGGGGCUACUACAACAACGUCGUCUUCCACCGCAUCAUUCCCAAUUUCAUGGUACAAACCGGAGAUCCUACUGGCACCGGCAGAGGAGGAAGCUCAAUCUACGGAGAGAAAUUCGAGGACGAAAUCCAUCCAGGUCUCAAGCACACCGGCGCCGGCAUCUUGAGUAUGGCGAACAGCGGACCCAACACCAACGGCAGUCAAUUCUUCGUUACGCUUGCGCCGACCCCGUGGCUGGAUGGAAAGCACACGAUCUUUGGCCGCGUAAAGAGCGGGAUGAGAGUGAUCCAGCGCAUGGGACUUGUUAAAACGAACGGCGAGGACAGACCGGUAGACGAAGUCAAGAUCAUUCGCGCCAGAGUUGUGGAAGAAGGGGCAGAAGAGUGAGCUGUUGGAACGUGACAGAUCUGACCGGCGUUUUCUUCUGAACUUCAAUCCGUCUACCGUUCCUCGCCCAAAGGGACAAUUUUCAAGUUCAUCACACCGGUGCAGACAGAAGCUAGUCAUUGGGAUGGGCCCAAGGUGCCGCUUCGCUCCGCGCCGAGAUGAGCAACGCUCGACUACUAAAGUCAUACAAUUGCCCUGUAUACCCCGAAGGAUUACCUCUUGCAGUGGUUGACUCUACUGAUUUACAUCCGUCAAUUCACUGGGACAGAGCAUCGGACUCAUUGACAAGAAAAGAAUUAUGAUAAUGUAAUGUAUCACUACAAACGAACUGCUUCCAUCAGAUGUUUCCAUUCCAGAGCAGCAGAUACAGAGUGAUAGGUUCUCUCUACCACUCCUGUAGACGACAAGACCAGUGAAGGCUUGUUGAAAAUGACGAGACUACCAUGGUGUAAUGGUAGCAUGCCUAUGCAGAGCACCAG